AGAAGAUGCUGUCAAUGAUAAAGGAUCUGAUAUUCUUGAGCCUGAAGAAACUAAACCGUGCAAGUUUGCUAAUUGUUAUAGUGAUACUGAAGAUGAGGAUGAAGAUGAUGACAGUGAAGAUGAUGAAGAAGAUUUCAGUAAGGGCAUCAAUACAUUUCUAGAAUGUGUGCGCGAACGUCGUCAAAUAAGAGACAACCAUGUUGGCCCUUUCACUAGCAAACAUGUAGGGAUAGAAAAUAGGGUUGUGGCUGCUGCUACCUUUGAAAAGGCAUUUUGUGGGAAACGUAGUGAAAAAGUCAAUCAUUUAACUGUAAUAGCUGUGAGGAAACGCUACCAAAAAUGGGGAAUAGGCAGAUAUUUAUUAUCACAAUUAAAGAAUCCUCAAGUCGUUGGGCAGUAUGAUGUCAUUGUGGUGCACGCUGAUAACUCCGCCAUUGAUUUCUUUGAGCGUUAUGGUUUUACAGAUGAUGUAGUUCUUAAUAGUAAAUGGAGUGAGUUAGCAGAUCAAUACACAAACUGCACUUUGAUGUGUUACAUGCCUCCUUUCACAGGUCAGAGUAUUUUGGGCAAGUCGGACCCCGCUCUUGAUAUUGUAGCAAUGGAGAAAGAACUUGCUUCAUGGAGAAACAAGAACCUAGAAGCGUACCAGGCCCAGGCAUCUUGUUUACAGAGAAUGAGGCAUGAGAUAAUACACCUUAGAGCAUUGGUCAGCUCUCAGCAAGACCUACUGACACAUCUAGAAGCUGAAAAUGAGGAACUGAGCCGAGAUAAAUACCAAAUAGAAAAGUCAUUUUUGGAGUUUAAAAUAAUGGCGACGGAGUUCAAACAAAAAGAAGGGAGUAUGGCAGAAUUUGAAGAUGAGGAUGAGAUUCCCACAGAUUCACUUAUAAAGGAUCUCCAGAGACAUGUUGACAUGAUGAAAUUGAACAAUGUCAGUCCUGCUGGUGCUCCUAAUCCUGAUCAGAUCCUGCAUGCUAUAGAUGACCAUCAAUAUAUGCUCUCCAAGCAUGAGCCAGUUCCAUAUGACCAUGGUAAAGACAUGGAAGAGUUCUUUAAGAUGACUCAAGAGUUCCAAGACAAAAUGAAGUUAGAUACUACAAUGACAGCUACCUACGAGUCAAACAUGGUCAACAAGGCCAUGUUACACCACAGUGU